GCUGCUGCACUGCGCGCGCGCUCAAUGAGAUCUGAGGUUUGGGAGAAAAACGGAAAACCCAGUGGAACACCAAUGCCGACGGUGACGGCCGACGCCAGGAUAGCGGCCACGGGCUCGAAGCGAGAGCAACCCGGCUCUUGUCCCAAGAAAGGAAUCCGCUCCCCGCUGCCCUCCAUGGUGGCGCAUCGCCGGCGGGGCUGCACGCUAAGCCCCAACUUUUCCAGGAGCUGACGCUUCCUCUGACUCUUCCUCUGCAGAAUUGGUCUGAUGGAGCAAAGGGACUCGAUGCAGCUCGGUACAAGAAGGAAACAAUGCGACCAGUAUACAAACAGCACGGAUCGUACUGGAAGUUUGACACAGCACCAGAGAACUCACACAGGAGAGAAACCAUUCAAGUGCAUUGUGUGUGAGAAGGCAUUUGCAAAGUCAUCAUAUCUUCAGAGUCACCAGAGAACGCACGCAGGAGAGAAACCCUUCAAGUGCACUAUGUGUGAGAAGGCAUUUGCACAGUCAUCAAAUCUUCAGAGCCACCAGAGAACACACACAGGGGAGAAACCCUUCAAGUGCACUGUGUGUGAGAAGGCAUUUACAGAGUCAUCACAUCUAAAAACACACCAGAGAACACACACAGGAAAGAAACCCUUCAAGUGCACUAUGUGUGAGAAGGCAUUUACAGAGUCAUCACAUCUUAAAACACACCAGAGAAUGCACACAGGGGAGAAACCCUUCAAGUGCACUAUGUGUGAGAAGGCAUUUGCAAAGUCAUCAAAUCUUCAGAGUCACCAGAGAACGCACACAGGAGAGAAACCCUUCAAGUGCACUAUGUGUGAGAAGGCAUUUACAGAGUCUUCACAUCUUAAAAAACACCAGAGAACACACACUGGAGAGAAACCAUUCAAGUGCACUAUGUGUGAGAAGGCAUUUGCAAAGUCAUCAAAUCUUCAGAGUCACCAGAGAACGCACACAGGAGAGAAACCCUUCAAGUGCACUGUGUGUGAGAAGGCAUUUGCACGAUCAUCAGAUCUUCACAACCACCAGAGAACGCACACAGGAGAGAAACCCUUCAAGUGCACUAUGUGUGAUAAGGCAUUUGCAAAGUCAUCAAAUCUUCAGAGUCACCAGAGAACGCACACAGGAGAGAAACCCUUCAAGUGCACUAUAUGUGAGAAGGCAUUUACAGAGUCAUCACAUCUUAAAAAACACCAGAGAACACACACAGGAGAUAAACCCUUCAAGUGCACUAUGUGUGAGAAGGCAUUUGCAACGUCAUCAAUUCUUCAGAGUCACCAGAGAACGCACACAGGAGAUAAACCCUUCAAGUGCACUAUGUGUGAGAAGGCAUUUGCAACGUCAUCAAUUCUUCAGAGUCACCAAAGAAUACACACCGGCGAGAAACCCUUCAAGUGCACUAUGUGUGAGAAGGCAUUUGCACGAUCAUCGCAUCUUAAAAAACACCAGAGAACGCACACAGGAGAGAACCCCUUCAAGUGCACUAUGUGUGAGAAGGCAUUUGCAAAGUCAUCAAAUCUUCAGAGUCACCAGAGAACGCACACAGGAGAGAAACCCUUCAAGUGCACUGUGUGUGAGAAGGCAUUUGCACGAUCAUCAGAUCUUCACAACCACCAGAGAACGCACACAGGAGAGAAACCCUUCAAGUGCACUAUGUGUGAGAAGGCAUUUGCAAAGUCAUCAAAUCUUCAGAGUCACCAGAGAACGCACACAGGAGAGAAACCCUUCAAGUGCACUAUAUGUGAGAAGGCAUUUACAGAGUCAUCACAUCUUAAAAAACACCAGAGAACACAAACAGGAGAUAAACCCUUCAAGUGCACUAUGUGUGAGAAGGCAUUUGCAACGUCAUCAUAUCUUCAGAGUCACCAGAGAACGCACGCAGGAGAGAAACCCUUAAAGUGCACUAUGUGUGAGAAGGCAUUUGCAACGUCAUCAAAUCUUCAGAGCCACCAGAGAACACACACAGGGGAGAAACCCUUCAAGUGCACUGUGUGUGAGAAGGCAUUUGCACGAUCAUCGCAUCUUAAAAAACACCAGAGAACGCACACAGGAGAGAACCCCUUCAAGUGCACUAUGUGUGAGAAGGCAUUUGCAAAGUCAUCAAAUCUUCAGAGUCACCAGAGAACGCACACAGGAGAGAAACCCUUCAAGUGCACUGUGUGUGAGAAGGCAUUUACAGAGUCAUCACAUCUAAAAACACACCAGAGAACGCAUACAGGGGAGAAACCCUUCAUGUGUACUGUGUGUGGAAGCGCAUUUGCAACAUUAUCAAAUCUUCACGACCACCAGAGAACGCACACAGCAGAGAACCCCUUCAAGUGCACUAUGUGUGAGAAGGCAUUUGCAAUGUCAUCAAAUCUUCAAAGACACCAGAGAACACACACAGGGGAGAAACCCUUCAAGUGCACUAUGUGUGAGAAGGCAUUUACAGAGUCAUCAAUUCUUCACGACCACCAGAGAACACACACAGGAGAGAAACACUUUAAGUGCACUGUGUGUGGGAAGGCAUUUGCACGGUCAUCACAUCUUCAAAGACACCACAGAACACACAGGCAUCAGAAGAUCCCCAAGGAGCGGAGUCUGAAAUCGGCUUGUGCAAGUCCAAGUGCUGCAAUGAGCUCAUCCCUGCUGAAAAAAGAACCUGAAUUUAAUUCCAGCUUGGACGCAAUGAAAUGUAUCAAGGUGGAUUUUGAAGAGGUGAAAUGUGAAGAAGUGAUGGUAAAAUGUGAAGAUGAAGAUUCAACUCCAAAAUCGGACCUUCACAUCGAUGUAGGCAACGUGAAGCAGGAGGAGAAUUCUGCCUGUGAGGCAGAGCGAGGUAACUCCCAGGAGUUUGUGGAAGUGGAGGUGUGGGUGGACUUCUUAGACAAUACAAAGUCAAAUGCAGACCCGGUAGAUGUGUAAGCUUGAGACAAUGAAGCUCCAACAAAUGCACCUUUGUCACAGACUAAAAGAACACCAAAGAAAGUACUGUCUGUGAAAAGACAUUUGCACAGUCAUCAGUUUUUCAGAUCCACCAGAGAACACACGGAGAAACCCUUCAUGUGCAGUGUGUGUGGGAAGGAAUUUUCAGGUUCACCUGCUCUUAAAAAUCACCAGAGAACACAGGUGUAAUGAUUGUGGUGUCGCUGCUGUGUACAGACGCACACGUGUGACGUCACUGCGUUACUAUCACGUGGGUCUACACACACACAUGACGUCAUCCCGGCUGGAGGCGGGAAUGACAUCAGGGCCAGUGCUGGACACGUGACCGAAUCCGAGUGGGGGGCUGGGGGCCAAGGGGGACCUCGGGGGGCACGUGGACAGCAGGGGGGCUUUUAGAGGGUGCUCGAAGGGUGGCGUGGCCGGGGUGAGGCCGGGCACGCCGAGGCCCAUAUAAGCAGCCUCAGGGGGUUCGAGGCUGCCCGUGCUGAGAAUGAAGAUGCCUCGUGAAGAUGCCAAGAAGAGAAGGCCUACGGUGAGCGGACCGCCAGCAGCCACCUGGCUGGGUCACGCUAGAGUAGCUAAGAGAGAAGUGUGUCUUAGCUGGGGUAGGUCGGUGGUCACACCCUAUGUGUAAAGUAAGAGUAACUGUUGAGUCACUGUUGUGUUCAUUAAGAAAUGAGUGUUGCAUCCCAAGAAGUGUGUGCGCUUAAUAUGAACCCAUUACACAGGCAUCAGAAGAUCCCCAAGGAGCAGAGGCUUGUGAAAGUCAAAAGUGCUGCCAGGCGCCCAUCCUUAAUGAUAAGAACUACAAGAAAAUCCCAGCUUGGACACUUUAAAAUGUAUCAAGGUGAAAUUUGAAGAGGCGUAGGUGAAAUGUGAAGAUGCGGCAGUGAAGAGCGACGAAGUGACGGUAAAAUGUGAAAAUGAAGAUUCAACUACAAAAUCGGACCUUCACACCGAUGGAGGCAACGUGUAGCAGGAGAAGAAUUCUGACUGUGAGGCAGAGCGAGGCACCUCCCAGUAGUUUGUGGGAGUGGAGGUGUGGCUGGACUUCUUAAACAAUACAAAGUCAAAUGGAGACCCGGUAGAUGUGUAAGCUUGAGACAAUGAAGCUCCAAUAGAUUCACCUUUGUCACAUGCCUUUAAUUAAAAUAACGUGAAGUUGCACACUCAAUUCCUAGGUUCAACCUACAGAGUAAGAGCAGCCAGUAUUUGUGGACAUAUGGGUUGGGUAGAUCUCUAACCAGGAGUAAGAGCCAAUAAGCUCCCAAGCAUUCACUAUAUUGUGAUAAUAUUUGCAUUCAUCUGGAGCUUAAUUGCCCAUAAUAAGAACGCGUUAAUUUCAAUGUUUGGUGAAACCCGCCACUACGCGAUUUGUUCUCCAACACACCGGUCUGCUGUACUAGUGUAGUGUAAUAACGCCGAUUGUUGUCCAGCAACGGCAACUGCGGUGGACAAAUAAUACACACGCCAGUGAGCAUAUACACGGGUUAGUCGGCAGGGCAGAAAAACUGGGGCAAGGGUCAUGGAAGACCCCAUCUGGAAGCUCCUGGAACCUGCUAGUGGUUUCGAGAAGGGAGGCGCGGCCAGGGCAGAGCCAAGCCACACUGGGUAGCAUAAAAGCAGCUGAGAGUGGGAGCUCAGGGCUGUCAGUUUUGGGAGUGGGCUCAUCUCGUCGUGGCUGUCAUCUUCGCCGCCUUCGUCAAUACCGUCUUGGCAAGAUAUUGCACGGCCGGAUAGUUGUUGGUUGUCUCGGUCAGCACCAUUGGUGUUACAUGAUCAGGGUUGUGUUUAUAAGGUGGCCUGGGAAAUUCAGGGCCACGAGGCCCGCCAGCAUUGGCCCAAAGUGGAGGCUUGGCCGUGGCGGGAGGAGGACAUGGUGGCUGUGGUGUGCGGCCUGGGGACGUACGGGAGAAGGCCCCCGCGGGUGGGUUGGCAACCGGCGAAGCCCCCUCCGCCCUGGGGUCCCACGGCCAAGUGUUUCAGGUGUGGUCAGCCGAGCCACAUCGCCAUAGAAUGCCGGGGUGUCAGUAGGGUGCCGGCAGUGCCUCCGUAGCACUCUGACCUGCCGGCAACAUUUUCCCAAGCUGCACCGGAUCCGAGUCUCUGAUGCUUUCCGUGACUGCCGUGUGCAAAGUGUCAGGGGCUGGAUCCGAUUAAAUGCUACUUAGGAUUUCAGGGACGGACCAUGCCCUUAGGCCAUUGUUUUUUUGUUCCCAUUCCUCGGAAUCCCAAGGAAUGCAAAACCCUGCCAAGGCGGGGGUGACCAGUGUCGAGGACCGGCUCACGUGAGCUAUGUUCUGGUAAAGGCGGACUCUCCCUUGUAAGGUGAGAUUCGGGGGGGUUGUGUAUAUUGUUUGGCUUGUGUUAUCGGUUCUCAUGGGGGAAGGGAGGCGUCACGGUUAUGCGUUCCUUGAUGGGGUUCUUGCCCAUGCCGCAGUUGCGCUGUGUGGUUAUGGUUCGCGGGAGACGCUGCGGUUGUGCUGUAUGGUCGCGGGAAGUGUUGCAACCAAGGUUUUUUUUUGGGGUAAAUAGUUUUUUUGUGUUGGUGGUGUUCCUCGGGGUUGGGGUUGCUCUGCCUGUCCACCGGUUGCAGUUGCAACGGCAACUGCGGUGGACAAACAGUACACACGCCGGUGAGCAUAUACACGGAGUGUGUCGGCAGGGCGGAGGAACUGGGGCAAGGGUCAUGGAAGACCCUAUCUGGAAACCCCUGGAACCUGCUAGAGGGUUCGAGAAGAAAGGCGCGACCAAUGCGGAGCCAGGCCACGCUGGGUACAAUAAAAGCAGCUGAUAGCGGGAGCUCAGCGCUGCCUGUGCUGUGAGUGUGCUCGUGUCGUCGUCGCUGUCAUCUUCGCUAGAUAUUGUGCGGCCGGAUAGUUGUUGACUGUCUCGGUCAGCGCCAUCGGUGUUACACGGUCAGGGUUGGGAUUUAGGCUAGGCGAGACGACUAGAGAGAGCGAAUUUCUAUUUACGUGACCCAAAAAAAAUCUUAUGGAUGAUGUUGGUCGCGACAGCCUACGUGUUAAACUUGCUUAAUUGCCUCAGCAAUUCGGAGUUUUGUAUCAUAUCUCAUCACAAACACUCGAAGAGCACCCCUAUGUGGCAGCUGCCUCUGUGUGGCAUAAGGUGUCCCAGCACCAGCCUGCAUGUGGGCAUGAGUCUGUCAGUCAGGGGCGAUAAUUGAUGUGUAAUCUCAGUUGUGCAUUUUCUGGAUAAUUUUUGGAAUUUCCCAAAUUUGUACAAUGACACCAACAUACAAAGACCUAUGUGUUUUGAAUAACACAAUAUUAUGUUUUACAUCCACUCUUUAAGCAGACGGUGCAUAUUUUGGUUGAUGUUACUGGAGUAGCCAGGGGUGCCUGUCGGAUUUGAACCUUGAACCUCUGCAAUAAAUCGAGUAUGCGCUACCACUUGGCUUCCCUCAAUCUGAGUGUAGGCAUGCCAGCCAGUGUUUCUAACCAGCGCAGAUGUUCCAUUUAGAGGGGUGCACGUUUCACAUUCUUACAGAUUGGAGGGCAUGACUGUUGCCGAGAAGACCCGGAGCUUCAUGCAGAGCGACAGGCCAGGUAGCUUCCACACAGCAUUGCAGAGCUGAUGAAAAGAUAAUGCCGCCCGACUGAUUCGGACCACCCAAACACUGUACACAUACGCAGUGUAGACGUAUUGUGUACACACAAUGUAUAUACAGCAUACACACUGCACAUACACUGUAUACACAAACACAAUAACAAAAACAAUGACUGCCAUUCGCCAAUACGUGGUGGUGAAGUCACCAUGGCGCUUGUGCCAGGCUAUGUGCACGUUAAGGCCACGUGAAGUGUCGAACUCCCGCCGGCAGGAGGUCACAGGGCAGACUCAGGUGCCAUGGUUCAACUGAGAUGACUGGUCGAUGCACCACCUGUGCCCCCUACUGUGCCAACUGUACACACGCGCGCACACCGUGUGUGUGUACACAGUUUGUAUACAGGGGCCGUCCAUAAAUGACGUCACGCGAUUUUGGACGAUUUUGACCCCCCCCCUUCGUCACACGACGUCAUAAAAAGUCAGACCCCCCCCUCAAAUAUGACGUCACAAAGCUCUACCCACCCUCCCCCCCCCAAAAAAACAUGCUUCAAAUCGAUUUAAACUAUUGUCAUUGCAGUGCGUAUUUAAUGUGGCACUACCCUCUGAUGUAGGAGAAAACAUGUAUUAAAAGUAUAUUUAAUUAAGUAGAACGUAAUAUAGGUUUUGGGGUCAGAUCGCCUUAUUUAUAAAUGUGUCGUAACCCUCCACCACCCGACACGGCCAAACAGUAAAAAAUGUGUCACGUUUUUCAAAGGACAAAAUAAUUCACUUUUUUAGCCCACCGGUGUGCUGAAGAUAGAAUCAACAGCAUUUUUUUUUAUUUGAAUACGACGUUUCGCUGAUAAUUACAAUCAGCUUCAUCGGGCAAGAAUGGUGAAGCUCUCCUGUUGCUUCCGGUCGUAAAUAGAGCAGCAUCAGGGUGACGUCAUCAUUUAAUUCAAUUCGAUCUGGUGCAAUGAUUCGAGGCAAAGAGGGGGAGGGUAUUGUAAUUAUAUAGAUUGGUAAUCAUUCAAUUGUUAUUCAUUGGUAUUUUUUUCCCUUAUAAGGAAUUGUAAUUGUAUUUAUAUAAUAAUACGCUUCCAGGCCACACUAAGCCUGUAGCUGCCAGAGCGAUUGAAGUUAUUUCUGUUUCAAUUUAAAUGGAUUCUCUAAUUAGUCUUGGCCAGUAAUAAUUAAUUUUACACAAAACUUCAACGUUAUCAAAAUCAAUUGAGUGUCCUUGUUGACAAGCAUGCUCUGUCACUGCCGACAGUUGUGUUUGAGAUAAUUUAAUGUUUCUUUGGUGUUCUUUUAAUCUUAUGCUGAUGUUACGUCCCGUCUGUCCAAUAUAGCAUCUGUCACAUAAACAAUUAAUCCGAUAUACACCUUCUGUUGAUAAUUUAGGCAAUUCGUUUUUAGUGUCAGAUACCAGUUUUUUUUAUUUUGUUAAUUGUGUAGGGACGUUGGAGAGAGGGCCGUUAUGCAUGGCAGCCUAUGGGAAAGAAACACAGUGGGCGGGGCUACGUGUGUGCACAGGGAGAUGCCCUCUGCGACGUCCGAGCCAGACACCCUGGGGGGGGGCUGGUUCGGCGUUACGAUCCCCCGGGGCCCCACCCCUCAAGGAGGGUUGGGUAUAAAAAGGGGUCGUUAUAUGGGCUUAGGCAGUUAUGUUAUAGUUAAGCUAAGAAGUCGGAAGACGUCGUAGCUAGAGCCCUGGACUCCCCCUGAUCGCCGCCCUUAUCAGGGCCCCACGGGAUCAGGCUCGAGCCAGUGGCGUGGUCCCGUGAACCAGAGCCAGUGCUCUGGGACUCCGGGUACCGAGCCCGAUUACCAGUGUCGGGCCAGACAGCCUCCCCUAGCUCUUAGUGGAGGACUCAGGGGAUAGGCUAUGGAUAGCUAGGGGUAUUCCCUGAGUUAUACGGGUGAGGGGGCCGCUACCCCCUCUAGGGCUGUCCUGUACUGGCAACUUGUUAAAUAAAUAUACG